UGCGAAAGCUGAAGCCAAGGUGGAACUUUCGUCGCACAUUCUCAACCCACCGUCGUGGUCACAAUGGAAGAACCUUCCCCAACCCCGGACCCUCCGACGAACCAAUUAGGAUCUCUCAACGACCUAGCCCACGAGCUCGCCUCUCUCGAAGACCUCGCCACUCGCGGCUCCUGGCGGUCCAUCCUCGACAAAGUUUCCCGAGCCCGUUCCCUCAAUCUCCUAACCAGCCCCCACGACCACCUCAUUUACCUUUCCUACAACGUCCUCGCCUUCUCAAAGCUACGCCGUUUUUCCGAGGCUUCGAACGAAAUCGACACCCUCGACGACUUCAACAGCAGCUAUUAUAAGUACGAAACCUACCCUCGACUUUACCCCAACCGGUCUGGUUCGAUGAUACCCUUCUCUCUUCGGUUCAUCCACGCUCAGCUUCCGAUCAAGCUUGGGAAUCGGCAAGAAGGGUUAGAUCGCUGUUAUCUUUUGCUUAAGUUUAUUCGUGAGAAAAUUAAAGAGAAAGAAAGUCAUGACCUACAUGAUUCUGUCAGAAUUUGGAAAAGAAGGGAAAACUCUGUUUUGAAUUGUUUGAUUGGGCAUCACUUGGGGGAUAAGGAAUUCAGUUUGAGUUUGGAUUUGAUCAAGGAUUUGAUUAAUCGUGAUUACUUAGAUCCGGUUUUAGUUUCUAAAUUAGGGUAUAUUCAGAUGCAGAUUGGGGAUAUUGAAGGGGCAAAAGGGUCGUUUAACAGUGUGGAGACUAUGUUAAAUGAAAGAAAGAGUGAUGAGUAUUUUCUGAGUGAAGUUCAAUUUAGGAAUCUUGUGAAUAGAAACAAGGCCUUGGUUUAUUUGGUGGGCAAAGAUUAUGUUUCAGCUGUGAGGGAAUAUGAGGAGUGUAUUGAAAGGGAUCAUACGGAUGUUGUUGCGCUUAAUAAUAAGGCACUGUGUCUGAUGUAUUUGAGAGAUCUAUCUGAUUCAAUUAAGGUAUUGGAGAAAGCACUAGAAAGAAUUCCUACCAUAGCAUUAAAUGAGACUUUAGUGAUCAAUUUGUGUAGUAUGUAUGAGUUGGCAUAUGUCAAUCACUCAGAGAUUAAGAGGACAUUGAGUAAUUGGAUUGUACAUGUUGCUCCCGAUGAUUUUGACGCAUCUUGUACAAGGGUAUGAGGUUUUAAUCAGUAAAGAUGGCAGGUAGAUCGAUUGACUUUGAGGCAGCAUUAUACCUUUUUUCUCUCUCACUUUGUUCCUAGUUGAUUCAAUUAUGGCAGCAUCAGAGAUUGUGGAAUUAAUAGUCAUGUUUACUGCCACUUGGAUAUCAACGGAGAUCUGCAAAAAUAGGUGCUACAUUUGUCAAUUCUAUAAAAAAAAUCUUCUGAUGCAUUUUGGAAAGGAAUGUUUGUUGCUGUUGCUAAAGCUUUUUCCAUCAUACAUUUGCUUCUGGUCUGGAACUCAAGCGAUCAAGUUAAUCUGAAUUCAGAGAUGUUGGAAUGGUAGUGAAUGGUUCGAACUUGGA